AUGGAGGAAAAGCCUGUGCCUGCGCCUGUGGCUCUGAUUGCCGGUAUAACAGGACUUGUUGGGAGUACUCUUGCACAGAUCCUCCUCAAAGCCAAUUGGAAAGUCUAUGGAGUUUCUCGUUCUCCACAACAAGGCCUUUUCAUCUCCCCACAAACUGAGAAGAUGGAGUUAAUAGCCUGCGAUUUGACAGACAGAGAGCAGACCCUCCUGAAUCUUGCUCCUCUCACGGAUGUUACCCAUGUCUUUUGGCUCACCUGGGCUGCUCACAUGACAUACAACUCGUUAGAGAGCCAUACAGAAAACAGAAACAUGUUUUCAAAUGCUCUGGAUGCUUUGCUACCAGUUGCCAAAGGGGUGAAGCAUAUAUGCCUCCAGACAGGGACCAAACAUUAUGGUGGACCUCAUUUCCCCUUCACAGAAGAUUCUCCAAGGCAACCCAAUUCCCACAAUUUCUACUAUGGUCUAGAGGAUGUUCUGUUCGAUGCUGUGGCUCAGAAAAGAGAGAGUUUGACUUGGUCGGUGCAUCGGCCGGGAAUUAUUCUGGGCCAAUCUACAAGAUCUUUGUUUAAUGUGGUGGGAAGUCUGUGCGUGUAUGCUUCGGUUUGUAAGGCCCUGAACUUGCCUUUCCUUUUUCCUGGCACCCGGGUAUGCUGGGAGGAGCCAACCAUUGAUUUUUCCGAUGCCAUGCUUAUUGCAGAGCAGCACUUGUGGGCGGCUACUGAGGCUUCUGCUCAUAACAAUGUUUUUAAUGUCAUUAAUGGAGAUGCGCAGUACGCCACCUGGAAACAUCUCUGGCCUGUUUUGGCCCACAGGUUUGAGCUUCAAUUGCCGGAAGAUGAUGGGGAUUUAGUGGAUGAAUCCAUGAGCUUGGUGGACGCCAUGUCUGACAAGGGGCCUGUUUGGGAUCACAUAGUAAAGACUAAUUCUCUGCAUUGCACAAGGAUUCAUGACUUGGCAGAUUGGUGGCUUUUGGAUGUAUUGUUCAAGGUUCCAUUCAAGUUGUUGGCAAGCGGUAAUAAGUGCAGAGAGCAUGGAUUUUUCAAUACAUGCGAUACUGCCACGUCUCUUGCUUACUGGAUUGAUAGUUUGAGAGAGAGUAAGAUCAUACCCUGA